ACAACAACAACAGCAGCAGUUCGUUGCGGCUAUUAUUAUUUUUUCAGUUAUUUUCUAUAUUGCUGUGGCUGCGUCGGAAUUUUCGCUAUUGCAACAACAACAGCAACGGUAAUACAAACGGCGACAAUUUCAAAGCUUCGAUUUUGUUAAAAAGUGUUUUAAAGUGUUGAAAGCGCAUUGUUUGUGGCCAAUAUAAAAUAAUAGAAUUAGAAAGAAAAGAGAACAGCCCAACAAAAUCGUGAACGGGAACGAGAGUUCGAAAGCCCGCAUACAAAACUAAAAAUAAAAGAAAAAAGACAGGUAAAGUGCCGAUUGCGUGCAGGCCAGAGUUCGUAGUCAAAGCAAUCAAACAACAACAAUAUGGUCAAUCAUCAUUCGAAUGGAGGUGGAAGCGCGGGCAACAGCAGCGGCAGCCUGCGUGGGGCCCAUGGUGGCGGCGGCGGUGGCGGCGAUUACUCCGGCGAUGAUCGCAGCGGCGGGGAGGAACGUGAGCGCUUGGAAAGCGAUCUGCACGACAAGCCCACCUACUUGCUGGAGCACUUGGCCACGUUUACAGUAAAUAAGGAGUCGGGCAUUGUUUAUCCAGCGGACGGCAUGCGACGACUCUUGCAGUUGGAGAAAACAACGGGCAUUUGGUCGCAAAAGAUGCAGCUGUGCCUCGACUAUCAGUGGGUGCUCAUCAUGGACUAUGAGACUGGGAACAUAAUUGAGCGUUUCCCAGCCUCGCUGAUACAGGAGCCCACCGCCUUCACCUCCAAUGACGCCAUGGAGCUGUACAACAACAUUCUUGUGUUUAUUGUCUCCGGCGGAGGUGGUUCGCGCUCAGAGAUGCACAUAUUUCAGUCACAAAGCGUGUCCGCCGUGCAUUUGGUGGAGGAUUUGAAGCAGCUGCGCAGCGGCAAGCUGAUCACACAGCAGCGUGGUGCCACGCCCACACAGCAUGGCGGUGCCUCCGGCUCGGGCGCCAUUAUGAGCAAGACCUCGUCGUCGUCGUCUCACAGUCGCAUGGAGCAGCAUCAUCAUCAGCAGCAGCAUCGCGAGCAUCGGGAGCACAGGGAGCAUAGAGAGCACCAUCACAUGCACCAGCGUAGCAGUGUCGAUCAGUAUGGAAUGCGCGGAGCUGGCGGAGUGUCCGAAGUGGACAUGGGCCACAAUGGCGAAACGGAUUCGGAGCAUGGUGGGGUGAAUGAUCGGGACGAGACCAGUUCCACUUCUAGCGAGAAAUAUGAACGGGAUGUGGCCGUGCUGAAUCAUUGCUUCGACGAUAUUGAGAAGUUUAUUGCUCGUCUGCAGCAUGCGGCGGCUGCUUCUCGGGAAUUGGAGCGCCGGCGACGCAAUCGCAAGUCGAAAAAACGCGAUCCCGGCGAGGGUUUGUUAACGCUGCGCACGCGCCCGCCUCAUGAGAAGGAGUUUGUGGACAUAUUCGCCAAAUUUAAGCUCUCUUUCAAUUUGCUGGCCAAGUUGAAAGCGCACAUUCAUGAUCCGAAUGCGCCAGAGCUGGUGCAUUUUCUUUUCACGCCGCUGGCUCUCAUCGUGGAGGCCUCCAGUGACACAUAUUACGAAUCGCAACUGCCUUCACGCGUUGUCAACCCUCUGCUCACGCGGGAGGCCAUUAAUUUGCUGAUCAACUGCGUGACCAGCAAGGAGACCGAGCUUUGGCGUUCUUUGGGCGAUGCUUGGGUCAUACCGCGCGAUCAGUGGAAGGAGGAUGUCGGCUCAUAUCAUCCAGUAUUUCUUGAUGGCUGGUCGCCAGAUUACUUAGUCAUUGAUGAGUUGGAAACAUCGACAACGCCGUCCGCGCAUGUGGGCAACAAACGGCGACUCGAUGUGCAAGCGGUGCAAAGUCAUGGUCUGGGCGCUGGUCUGGCCAUGAAUGGACGGGCUGCGAUUGGAGGUGUUGGCAGUGGCUAUGACGAUUACGACACCAAUGGCAUCUCUCUCAGUGAGAAAUAUACUAUACACCAUGGACACGAUCGUGCAGGUGCGGUCAGUGCUUCCGAUUUCAAUGCACGCAGCGAGCUCUCAUUUGACUCCAUCGAUCGGGGAGGAGCAGCGGGUCCCGCACCUGGAGCGGGUCCCACUCUCAGCGCCAUUACAGCGGGUCUGCAAAAUCUGCACACACGCGAGUCUCGCAAUGUGGGUGGAGGAGGCUAUGCCGCUGCAUCAUCGGAGCUGGCAGGUGCAAGUGGACGUGGCGUGGGAAAUGCGAAUACCAGCGAUGAUCAGUUGCUGGAAUCUUGGCUCGAGGAUCUUCAAGCCUCGGGCGCUAAAAUCGUACUGGUCACCUACCCGCGCACCGCAAACAAUGACAAGGAGCUAAGUGUAAUGCGCGGCGAGUAUUUGGAGAUCUUGGAUGAUACGCGCAAGUGGUGGAAGGCGCGAAAUAUGCGUGGACAGGUGGCGCAUGUGCCCCACACAAUUGUUACGCCGUACAACUACGGCGAUAGUGAGGGCGGCGGCGCUGGUGCCAGCAGCCAAUUCUAUGGUCAGCAGCAAUCCAGUAAAUCCAGGCACAUGGCGGGCGGCAAUGGGGACCCCGUCAGCCUAGAUCAACGCUCGCCAGACGCAACGGAUAUGAUGCGCAGCAAACAUCUUGGCAAGAAGGGCGAGUUUCGUUAUUUUUAAGUUGCAGCUUAACUUAUGUUCUUAUAAAUAUACAUACUUGCAUGCAUAUUUUAGUUGA